AUGAAUGCAAAACUAAAUGAAGAUGGUUGUGCAGUAGUACAACUAUCCGAAUACAUUCAAUCAAUGAUCAUUGAAAAGUUGAUUCACUGUGACGAUAAUACACUCACAUCUUCUUCUUCUUCUUUAAAAGAAGGGUUCGAGUAUAUAUCAAUUGACGAUCUAGCACAUCUAAUGAUCACCAAAACACCGAUUGAGGAAGAUAUCAAGUUUAUGGAGCACUAUCAACUAGCAGACAUUGCAUUAGUAUCGAAAUGGUGGAUGAAAGUAACUCGUCAAAGAGCAACAUGUAUAACUGUACAAGGUGAAAUACUAGAAUCAUCAUUCUUUUCAGAUAAUAAUGUAGAGCGUCUCAAAUGGGCUAUUUAUAAUGAUGACUACCAUUAUGAUUAUUCAAGAUUACCUCUUUUACUACCACACCUACAAUCAAUCUAUAUUAUUGGAGACAACUUGAAUAGAAAAUCUAUUCAAGAAAUUGUCCAAGUCAUCAACUUGUUUCCACAUAUUCAAACUGACCUAGAUCUAUCUAUUGAUAAUCCAGACGAUAAAUUCGAAUUAGAAUGGCCUGAUAAUAUACACUUUUAUGGAAUUGAACCAAACGUGAUGGUAACACACUCAAACAAUGAAAAAUACUUUGAUUUUAGUCUUUGUGCAGAUGGUCGAUCGGUUCCAGACACGUUUCAUCAAAUGUUGGAAGACCUAAAACCAAGCGUUGUCAAUCUUGAUAUGGAUCAUGGUGAUCAAGAUGGAGUUUAUCAUUCAGACCAUCCCAUUUUAUUCCCUCAUCUCUUGUCAACUCUUCAUCUCAACAUUCAAUAUGACUAUGUCGAACUGGAAUAUUUAAAAACCUAUGUCACCAAUCCAUUCAAAUUUGAGUCUCUCAAAGUUGGUAUUAUCACUUGUCCAAUGGAAGAGGCAUUUGCACAACAACAAAAACAACAAAAACAAAAACAAGAUGAUUUUAAAUAUUUGGGAUGUCAACCAUGCAUCAAUCAAGGUGAAUCAGAGUAUGGUGAUAUUUUACAAGAUUGGGAUGACUUUUGUACCAAUCUAACCACCAAUACAACUUUGAAAAAUCUUUGGUUGGACAAUCCACAUGGACCAAUGUCUGAAAGAGUAUGGGGGAUGCGAUCAACCAUUAAACAACGAUCGGUUUCAUUGGAAAGAUUGGCAUCUACAUUUUCCCCAAUUUGGAGUGCCAAUAGUACUAUUCAAGUUUUAGGCUUAUCAAAUAUGGCAAAUAUCAUAUCCCCUUUGUUUUUCUCUGCCCUAUGUCAUAAUCAAAGUAUUACAACACUAAUUUUAGCCAAUGGUACAUUGGAUGAAGAAUACAUGCCAUCAUUUUGUCAACUAUUAAAGACCAACAAAACAAUCUUAGCACUAGACAUCAGUGGUAACCGAUUUAAAAAAAGUGAACAGUUUAUGAUGGCAUUCCAAGAGAACGAAUCAAUCCAAGUAUUAAAUAUCGCUGGUACAUUCAAAGAUUUGAACAGAUAUUUAUUUGAUUCGGUGUGGUUAAGAGAUACUGUUCUACGAUAUCUAGUCAUUGAUAAAAAAUUGGCAUUGCAUUUUGAUCAACAUAAAUAUUUUAGUCAAUCAGAAUCAUUGAUUAAAUGUUUUGUUACAAUUGAUUAA